AUGACCGCGACAGGGCAGCAGCAGCAGCAACAGCGAGACGAUGGUCUGAUCCACGGACUCACCGUGCAGGAGGUCGACGCCUUAUCCAAGGGAUGUCUUGAGGCGCGGGGAAGGGCUUACUGCCCCUACUCCCAAUUCCGCGUCGGCGCCGCCCUCCUCAUCGACCCCGCCGCCCGCCCUUCCUUCCCGUCCCCUUCCUCCUCUGCCGACCACAACCCCGACCACCCGCGAAUCGUCGUCGGCGCCAACGUCGAAAACGCCGCCUACCCCGUCGGCACGUGCGCCGAGCGCGUCGCCGUCGGCACCGCGGUGACGACGUUCGGCUACGGCCGCGGCGCCUUCAAGGCCGUCGGCGUCGCGACGGACCUGGGCGGCGAGCAGUUCUGCAGCCCGUGCGGCAUGUGCAGGCAGUUUCUGAGGGAGUUUUUGGAGUUGGACACGCCGAUUUUCAUGCAUACGAACGACGGGAGGUAUGUGGUCAAGACGAUGGGGGAGCUGCUGCCCAUGAGCUUCGGCCCGGAUGUGCUGCCGCCGCCGGAAAAGCUGUUGGCGCAGAGGCAGGAGCGGGAGCAGCAGCAGCAGCAGCAGCAGCAGGGGAAUGGAUCGAAGUGA